AUGGGGACUUUCCUCUUUCUCUUUGCUGUUGUCUUCUUUUUGGCUCAACCCAACUCAGUUGGGACAGGAUUCCUUGAAGAGAAAUGCCUGCAAUACGAGGGGAGAUGUGUGGCUAAGUGCCAAAUAAAUGAAGAGCUUGUUGCUCUCUGUGGCAAGUUUCAGAAAUGCUGCAAGCUGUGGGAACCAUGCCAGUGA